AUGUCCGGCGAAAAAGCAGAAAUGAAUGUCAAAGAAAAGCUAGAGGCACAAAUUAAAUCGGUGGAUAUGACGGAAGAAAUGCAGCAUGAAUCCAUUGAAGUUGCGCAAGAAGCCAUGUCUAAAUAUAGUGUCGAGAAGGACAUUGCAAUGCACAUUAAAAAGACAUUCGACGAACGAAAAGGGCCAACGUGGCAUUGUAUUGUUGGUCGGAAUUUUGGAUCUUUUGUUACACACGAGACGAAGCAUUUUAUCUAUUUCUAUCUAGGACACUGCGCCAUACUCUUAUUCAAAACUCAAUGA